AUGGCUAAACAUGUGCCUAAAGGCAAGACUACUCAAAAGACGGCCGUUGAAGCGACUCAUCUGUUGACGGACGAGUUGACUAAUGGAGAUGAAGAUGAAGCGUCUCCGUUUAUGCUUGUAGAAAGAUUGGAGGUAUGUUUUUGAUAUUCGUUUUUGUGUUUUUAGGUAGAUUAUAGAUGGAAGAAGCUGUUAUUAUGGUUUAUAUAGAUCUUUUAGUUGUGUUUACAUGGAUUUGUAAAGGUUUACAUGAAAAUUUCAGCAAUAUGGGAUUCAAGCGACAGAUUUGAGAAAACUGAGAGAAAGUGGCUUCCAUACGGUUGAAAGUGUAGUCUAUGCUCCAAAGAAGGAUCUUCUGAAUGUUAAGGGAAUUAGUGAACAGAAGGCCGAAAAGAUAUUUGUAAGUUUUGGCUUGAAAAAUUCUAUAGUAGUUGAUAUGUAGUCUAAAACAAUAUUUUUUUUAUUUCUUAAGUUUUUUGAUAUGGACGUAUUUUUUGCUUUUACAUAAAGUAUGUAAAAGUAUUUUUGAUUUAGAAAUUAUAAAAAGUGAUUUAUUAUAGCUGUAAAGUGUUUGGAUUGAUUUCUUUUGAAUAUUAUACUUGAUUUCUAUAUUAUUGUAUAAAACUUUUUGGCUAUGACCGUUUGAUAUCUUAUUUUGUAUAUACUCAUGUGUUAUAACAUAAUAUGUAGACUGAGGCAGCUAAGUUAGUUCCUAUGGGAUUUACCACCGCUUCUGAUGUUCAUUCUAAGCGAUCAGAGAUUAUUCAGAUUGAGACGGGGAGUCGCGAACUGAAUCGUCUUCUCGGUGGUGGCAUUGAGACAGGAUCUAUCACUGAGGUAUGUUAUUUACGUUAAUAUAUAUGGAACUGUAGUUUUAUAUUAUAUCUGGUACUAAAGAUUUAUGUUUUAUGUGUUAUAUUAUAUUGUUUUAGUUGUUGUACUUUUUUUUGAGUGUAAUAGGUUAAAUCUUGUAAUUUUUAUCUAAAAACAGUUUUACUUGCUGUCAUGUGCUCUAAAACCUUAUUUUAGGUCUUUGGUGAGUUCAGAACAGGAAAGUCACAGUUAUGUCACUCGUUGGCAGUGAUUUGUCAGUUACCUGUUGAUAUGGGUGGAGCUGAAGGAAAAUGCUUGUGGAUUGACACGGAAGGAACUUUUCGACCAGAAAGAUUGUUGGCUAUUGCUAAUCGGUAUGCUUUUACUUUCUUUGUUGUAUUUUACGUUUAGGCGGCUUUUCUAACACGAUAUGAUAUUGUUCAUGUAUAUCAGUGUUCAUUUGGAGGUAUUUUAAGUUUUACUUGGAAACGAUGGUGACUUUAGAGUUAUUUUUUCUUGAAAUUAUAAGGUCAAGUUUUUAGGUACAAGCUAUCACCAAAAGACGUCUUGGACAAUGUAGCUUAUGCUAGAUGCCAUAACACGGAUCAUCAGAUGCAGUUGUUGGUGCAGGCCGCCGCAAUGAUGUCUGAGUCACGGUAAUAUACUUUAAUGUUAUUUUAUGGUAGUAUGUCUGCCAUUUUCUAUUUUUUGAUUAAAGGCCAUGUCUAAGAAUACUUUUUUUCUAGUAUAAUUAAGGUAUAAGAUAGGUGUUGUAAAAUGUUUAGGUAUAACAUAUGAAGUUUUUUUUUCAGAUAUGCUUUACUGAUUGUGGACAGUGUUAUGGCUUUGUAUCGUACGGACUACUCUGGCAGAGGAGAGUUGGCCGCGAGACAAAUGCAUUUGGCCAAGUUUUUGAGAGGUUUAAUGAAGCUGGCUGAUGAGGUAGGUUUAUAUGUUUAAAAAACGUUAUAUUGAUGGUAAAGCAGCUUAAAAUUUAAUAAAAUUUAUUUUUUUUUGAAAAAGUUAUAAAACGGUCUAUUUUUUACAAUAUUAUUGUAGUUUGGCGUAGCCGUGGUGAUCACAAACCAAGUAGUAGCUCAAGUUGACAUGGCUGGAGGCAUGUUUCAAGCUGAUCCCAAGAAGCCGAUUGGUGGUAAUAUUAUGGCUCACAGCUCGACUACUCGUCUCUACCUGAGAAAGGGUAAAGGACCCAACAGAAUUUGCAAAAUCUACGACUCACCGUGCCUUCCAGAAUCGGAAUGCACUUUCUCUAUCACUGCUACUGGAAUCGACGAUCCUCAGGAAUAG